AUGUGGCCAAACAACUUAGCUCGAGAAGCCUUCAGAAAGAAUGACAUCGCCGGUAGACCUGUCUCCUAUUUCGGAUCUCAAUUAUCAAAUGACAAAUAUAGUGACAUCAUAAUGGCCGAUUAUGGACAUAAAUGGGAAGCACUGAGACGGGUCGCACACUCUGCUAUUCAAAAAUACUCGACAAACGAUAGGCUCGUAGACGUGGCCACCGAUUGUGUGGACAGAACCAUAAAAACCAUAUUAGACAAGGAGGGUGUGGGCAUACCUUUCUCGCCCAUUCAAUACAUAUACUUAAUGUUUCUCAAUAUAUUAGCCACAAGUACUUUUGGACAAAGCUAUGAUAUGGAGGAUAAGGAGUUUAAGCAAAUAAAGUAUAUAAUCAAAGACUUUAAUAAAGAAGCAGGAAAUCAUUUUCUGUUGUGGGAGUUCGCACCCAUAUUGAGACUAUUAGACUACAAAUUAGUCAAAAAACAGAGACUAUUAUUAAGGGAAGCCGUCGAUAUGAUGAGCACUAAGUUUAGUUCACAUUAUAAAGACUACUCGGAAUCCAUUGAAAGGGACUUUUGUGAUGCACUCAUAACCGCUAAGAAUGAGUCCCUCAGAGAGGGUAAAGAGUCGGCUCCUUAUCUAAAGGACGAGAACCUUGCGAUGACUAUAUUUGACAUAUUCUUUGCCGGAACCGAUACCUCUCAACAGACAUUUCAAUGGUUACUCAUUUUGUUGACAUACUAUCCGGAAAUGCAGCGAAAGUUGAGACAAGAGAUUGAGACACAAAUCGGAGACCGAAUGCCAACACAUGAGGACAGGAAUCGAUGCCAUUAUGUCAUGGCUUUCCUAUCAGAGACUUUGAGGUUCAGAAAUGUGGCCCCUUUUGGUGUCGUACAUAAAGCACUCGUCAGGACUACAAUUGGCGAAUACACAGUACCCGAAAACAUGGGAGUUAUGGUCUACCAGGGGGUCAUAUUACGUAAUGAUAAGGACUGGGAGAAAGCAAAUGAGUUCAUUCCCGAGAGAUUUCUAGAUAAACAGGGAGAGUUCAUAACUACCCGUCCAAAGGCGUACAUACCGUUCGGUGUGGGACGACGUGUUUGUUUGGGCGAGAAGUUAGCCAUCGCUGACCUCUUCCUGGUUUUGGUCAGAUUUCUGCAGUCGACUCAAGACUACGAUAUAGUCCUCGACAGUCAUAAUGUGUUCAAAACUAAGUCACACUGGGAUGAGGUGUUCAGACAACUGGCCAAACAGUACGGACCGGUAUUCACGUUCUGGUUGGGGAACAGACCGCAUGUAAUAGUGUCGGACAUAGGCCUGGCCCGGGAGGCCUUCAAGAAGAAUGACUUCGCCGGAAGGAGUAUCACAUUCGUC